CAGGGCUGGGAUGGGCACUGGCUGCCCCGGGGCGGUGCUCACCUGCCAGAGCUUUUGGAUGCUAUUCCUUUAAGGCACAACAGGUGGAAAUGCAGGGCUAGAGGUACAGGAGUAUUUAAGAGAGCCUGGCACUGCCAGAGCCUGGUGACCAGCUGUGGCAGGGAGGCAGGACACAGAGAGGUCCUGGGGGUGGGUCACCCAGACACCAGCAACCCAGCUACAGCCGAGUCUACAAGAAAAAGCAAGAAGCACAAAACAGUCUGCAGAAGUAACUCGGAGUCGAAUGCAAGAAAAAUGACUUUACUAGCGUUGAUCUUCCUGCUUGCCUUCUUCCCAGCUCAACCUGCAAGCAGCAGAUACCUCCCCAAGGCAGCAAUCUCAAGCCCCGUGUUUGGACCACGGCAGGUUUACGGUCUGCUCGACGGGUCAGUUAUUGUGAAGUGCUUCUACCCUCCUACCACUGUGAACAGACACGACAGGAAAUAUUGGUGCAGGCAAUCAGCCACGGGCUGCAGGACCAUUGUCUCCACCACUGGCUACGUUGCUCCAGGCUACCAAGGCAGGAUCUCCAUCAUUGACCACCCAGAUGCAGAAAGCUUCCAGAUCAACAUCACCCAGCUCGCAGCUGCAGACACGGGCACCUACCAGUGUGGUGUGGGGAUCAAUGGCAGAGGCCUCUCCCACAAAGUCAAUCUGGAAGUUUCUGAAGGUCCACACCUGCCUGAGGGAGCUGAGCUCUACUAUGUGAAGCUGCACAGCACCUUGACCGUGUCCUGCAACUUUGGGAAGGAUGCUGAACUCGAAAGGAAAUACCUGUGCAAGAUGGGGAAAAAAGGCUGCUAUGACAUCGUUGAUAAUGGAAAGAAAGUUGAUAAGGAUUUCGAAGGACGAGUUCUGCUGAGCCUUCAGGAGGAUCCAGGCUCGUUCACCGUUGUGAUCACUCAGAUGGGCUGGGAAGACUCUGGCUUGUACCUGUGUGGGUUCGGCACCUACGGGGUAAGCGGAGAGACGAAGGAACUGGACGUGCAUGUCUAUGAGGAGACAAGUGUUCCUCAAGGAAAGCCCACAAUAAUUGGAGUAAAAGGAAGUUCAGCAACUUUUGAAUGCCAUUAUAACUCUCUCAAGAGGUCCUCCACCAAGUACUGGUGCAGGUGGAAACCAAACAGGUGUGAAUGGAUCAUAAGUGACGACGGGUACGUGGCACCUUUUUACGAAGGAAGAGUGGCCAUGUAUGAGAGCCCAGACAACAACACAUUCACCAUCAUCCUGAACCAGCUGGAGAGCAAGGACGAAGGCUAUUACUGGUGCAUGACAGAUGAUGUGAAGGAGCAGCAAUCAUCAACUCAGCUGAAGAUCAUAGAUGGAGAGCCUGGACUGACAGGAGAGAAGGAAGUGGAGGCACGAGUGGGUUCCCGGGUCGAUUUAACUUGUCAUUAUCCAUGCAAGUACUACUCCUACGAGAAGUACUGGUGCAAGUGGGACAGCCCCAGCUGCACACCCAUGCCUGCUUCAGACCAGAGGCAGCCAGGGCCCGGCGUCACCUGUGACACUGACAACAGGACCGUUAUCCUGAGCUUUGACUCGGUGGCAGAGUCAGACCAAGGGUGGUACUGGUGUGGAGUGAAGCACAACGGCCACUACGGGGAGACCAUGGCAGUGCAGCUGCAGGUGACUGGAGGAAGCGGCGCCGACCGCAGCCUGGACCUCUUGGAUGUGGACAAACCCAGCCACGCUGAGCCUCCCAGCCACGCUGAGCCCCCCAGCCACGCUGAGCCCCCCAGCCACGCUGAGCCUGGUGUUAUUCCCAAAGGAAGAGCCUCCAGUGAUGCUGGGGAGCAAAGCGCAGCUUCCUCGGGAAGCUCUGGUGAAAGCCAUGAUCCCAACACAGUUGCCUUAAUUGUGGGCCCGGUUGGUGCUGUGCUCCUGGUCCUGGCCACAGCCUUCGCUGUGUUUAAGUACAGGCAGCUGAAGAGAUCUGACCUGGUGUCCGUUGGGAGCUACAGGACAAACAUCAGCAUGUCAGACUUCGAGAGCGUGAAGGAGUACGGAGCGAGCAACAAGGCCUGCGUGAAGGAGAGCCAGGAGACCCAGCUGGGAGGGGACGAGUUCAUCACCACCGGGGCCACCCCAGGAAACACUGCUGAGACAAAGAAGGCAAAAAGGAGCUCCAAGGAGGAUGUUGACCUCGCCUACUCCACCUUCCUCCUCACCUCUGGCAACAUUGUGCAGGACACCCCUGGGGGGGACAGCAGGGACAGUGCUGCUCCAGAUGUGCCCCCCCCAGGCUGGGAAGGACAGAUCUGAAGGUGAGGGACCAAGAGGUGACAGCAACUGGGACCAGCUCUGCCUCAAGGAUGAGGGCAGGACAUCAGGAAGCAGCACUGCUUAUCGCUACCACAAUUUGCUAUCGCUUCACCUUUUUCUGCUUAAAUUCAGCUUCCAGCAGUGAUUUUGGAGGAAGAUUUUGAAGCCAAACAGGGUGACUGGGCUGCAGGCAGGGGUCUGAGUGAGCAGGUUGGGCUGAGACGUGGCAGGAGCUCAGGUGGUUCUGCCCCAGCCCUGCUAGUGCCCUUCUGCCAUGGAAGGAACAUUUUAGAAAAUCUCAUUUUCUUUUAAAGGCAGCUGGAAAACCCUCUAGAGCAGCGACUCUGGCGUAUGAUUCCUCCAAGCUUUCUCACCCAGAGGGCAGUACCUGCAGACCAGACAUGGUCUGAUGUGUUUUUAUGCACAAACAAUAAAGAAUCACCACUGGCUUCAGCAGAA